AUGGCCUCUGCAGAAUAUAUGAGCGACUCGGGCUCCGAGUAUACAGAGUACUGGAUCGACUGGUUUUUAGGAAGUCGUGGCAAUGAGUACUUCUGCGAUGUCGACGUCGAGUACAUCACCGAUAGGUUCAACCUGACAGGCCUCAAUCAGUACGUGGACAGAAUAUCGUUGCUGGUGGACAUUAUCACGGAUCGAACGCAGAUCAGCGAAAAUGAGUCGGAGCAGACCCGCGCCCGGCUAGAGGAUAACGCCAAGUUCUUGUAUGCUCUCAUUCACGCCCGCUACAUCAUCACUCAGAGAGGUCUCAACAAGAUGAUGGAAAAAUACAAGAACGCCGAUUUCGGAUACUGUCCGCGUGUGUUCUGCAAACUGACACCUCUGCUCCCCGUUGGACUCAGCGAUACCCCCAAGGUCGCUUCUGUGAAGCUGUACUGCCCAAAUUGCGAGGAUAUCUAUAACCCAAAGUCAUCGAGACAUUCAUCGCUGGACGGCGCCUUUUUUGGCACCUCGUUCCCUGCUAUGUUCUUCCAGGCGUUCCCGGAGCUUAUACCAAGCCACAGCGUGGACAUAUACACACCGAAGAUCUUCGGGUUCCAAAUUCACGACUACGCAAAACUUACAAGGUGGCGAUUGCUUCAAAAAGAUAAGCUCAUUGCUCGUCUGGACGAGCAGGGCAUUCCUCACGACAGGGACACCCGUGGAGGCUUUGUGGAACCCCGCAAGGAUCCAGACGACUCUUCCAAGAAAGGCCGUAGAUAG